AUGAAAAUCAUCAACGUCAUCAUGUUGCUGCAGAGCUUUUUAUCUGCGUCUGGGCUUCACGACUUUCACUUUUCUUCGUGCUCGCACGGCGACGAAGUGCUACCGGUAAGGCAGGCGGCGCUCCUAUCGCCUGGUGUUGCACCUGAGUCAAAUGACAAUGAGUACGCAAACUCCCAAGCAAGCGGAGGGGCUACUGUAGUCGCUACUCCCGGGGAGUUCGAGGACGUAGUUCAAAACCAACGCCUGCGCUGCGUCAGGAUCUUCAAGGGUCGUCCUAACGCGCCAAGAUCAGAAUUGGCCACGUGCGCGCGGUCUCACUCUGUUUGAUGAGGACAUGUCAGAGAAACAAUCAGCCCAGCAACAACCCCAGAAGUAACUCACUAAUGUCGACAAACAAUAGAACAGCUUCCGAAGCGGCGUAGUCUUUUGGACUUUUUCUAUUGUACUUCGAUUUUUUCCGGCCACCCUCGCAAGGAAGUGCAGACCAGAAAGCGACUCUUAUAAAUAGCAUACCUGGCGUAGUGCAGGCUGAUCCACUGACGGUAUAAGUUGACUUGUCAGGAUCAUCAACACGGUAGACAUAGAAAGUGAAUGCCCAUUCGCGACGCCUUUUCACGACUCUGGCGGUCGGUUAGAUUUGUGUAAGCAGCAGCAAGUUGCUCACGGCCGCAGCACUGGCCGCUCGAUUGGUCACAAUGCAUAGCAAUAUCAACAGAAAACCG